CGGCUUGUGCGUACAUCAUCACACCCAUCCCGUGUAUAUAAGCAUCAUCCCCGUCUACCUGAACCUCAUCAACAAACAACAGUUACUAUGAGUUACAUGCUUGGCGUAUACGUUGUCGUCGCCUUCGUCGCCCUCGUCCUCUACAAACUCGUGCUGCACGUAUGGAGUAUAAGCACGACGCCUCUCCGACACCUCCCUGGGCCGCCGAGCAAGAGUCUGUUGUGGGGGAACAACGAGACGAUAAAGAAGGAAGAGCAUUCGGUGGUUCAGGAGCGAUGGGCCGCGGAGUACGGGCAGACCAUCGCCUACCAAGGCGCCUUUGGCAGAUGGCAUCUGUGGACGAUGGAUCCCCGCGCGCUGCAUCACGUCCUGACGCAUCCUGCCGUCUACAAACGUUCGGUGGCCUCUAGAUUUGUGCUAUCCCGCCUCCUCGGCCCAGGCCUCCUCGUGACCGAAGACGAACAGCACAAGCAGCAGCGCCGCGUGCUGAGCCCCGCCUUCGGUCCCGCGCAGGUGCGCGCGCUCACCGAGGUCUUCGUCGACAAGUCGAACGAGCUGCGGGACUGCCUGCUCGCGGAGGUGUCCAGGGCCGGCGACGGCGCGUCGGCGCGCGUCGACGCGAACGCGUGGCUCACCCGCGCGACGCUCGACAUCAUCGGCCUCGCGGGCUUCGGCCACGACUUUGCGUCGCUGACCCCCGCCGGGCGCGAGAACGAGCUGGGCGGGGCGAUGGCGACGCUCUUCACCGCGCCACACGCGCAGAAUGGACGCAGCGGCCGCUUCGUGUCGUUCCUCCAGGCGACCUUUCCGUUGUUGCGGCUCUUUAAAACGGAGGGUAACCGCAGGAGCGAGCGGGCGCAGGCGGCCAUGCGCCGCAUCGGCAUGCGGCUCAUCGCAGAGAAGAAGGCUGCGAUCUUGGAAGAGAAGGGCAGUGGCGGCGGAGGCGGCGUCGAGCGCAAGGACAUCACGGAGCGCGACCUGCUCACGCUCCUCAUCCGCGCGAACAUGGCGACGGACAUCCCCGAGAGCCAGCGGCUGACGGACGACGAGGUCCUUGCGCAGGUCCCGACGUUCAUCGUCGCCGGGCACGAGACGACGAGCACGGCGACGACGUGGGCGCUGUUUGCGCUCGCGCAGCGGCCUCACGUCCAGAGCAAGCUGCGUGAGGAGCUGUUGGGGUCGCCCACGGACAGCCCGACGAUGGACGAGCUGAACGCGCUGCCGUACCUGGACGCGGUCGUGCGCGAGACGCUGCGGUUCCACUCGCCCGUGCCGAAGCUGCGGCGCGAGGUCUUCAGGGACGACGUCAUCCCCGUCGACACGCCGUACACGGACAGGCACGGCCGGGUGCGCUCGUACAUCGAGAUCAGGAAGGGCGACACCGUGAACAUCCCCAUCCUGGCCAUCAACAGGCGCAAGGAGCUCUGGGGCGAGGACGCGCAUGAGUUCAGGCCUGAGCGUUGGGAGAACAUACCGGAGGCGGCGGGGAGCGUGCCCGGCGUGUGGGCCAACCUGCUUACGUUCUCUGGCGGCCACCGCGCAUGCAUCGGUUUCCGUUUCUCUAUCGUCGAGACAAAAGCGCUGCUCUUCGCACUCAUCCGUGGGUUCGAGUUCGAGCUCGCGGUCCCUGCUGGGGACAUCGAGAAGCGAAGUGCUGUCGUCACGCACCCCGUCGUCGUCGGCCCCGACGGCAAGGCCAAGAGGUCGCUGCCGGUGAUCAUCAAGCCAGUCAGGGCGUAAAGUUUGGCAUUCUCUGUUUGGAAGAUUGGUUGUUUAGAUUGCAAUGGCCAGCAUUGGGUAACUUGCGCGCGAGAUUAUCUAGAAUAGGGCACAUGUACUUGGAGUGAUAUUGUAUACAACCAUCGUCCGUGACAUUAGUUUAUUCGGUCAGCAGCGA